AUGGAGACACCAAAGGAAGAAGUAGAAGUUUCUGUUGAGUGGGAGAAGAUUGAUCGAGUGGAUGAAUUGGACAUGGGACGUGGUGAAGUGGGCUGGGACCGACACCCGUGGUCUUGGUUCUUUGGAUCGGUUAGUGAAGUGAGUCGGUGCUUGUUGUCCAAGAGAUUGGUGGUUACUAACAUUUGGUGUUUUGAUGUUUGGAGCAAGAGGAACGACAAUGAAAUCUAA